AUGCAAUUCAAACUCAGCAACGUGUUCGGCCUCUUUGUCGUCGCAAACACCGCUCUCACCGUGAAUGUUGCCACAUCCCUCGACGGCUACAGCGCCCUAGCCAAGGAUGUCGACACCACUGCGCAGAAAAUCCAAUUUAUCGAUAGCUAUGAGACCGGACCACAAACAAUCAAUGCUUACUACAAACUAGACAAGGCCGAGAACAAGGGCUACCAGGAGUUUAAGGGUGGCUCGGUUCCUACCGACGAGCAGCAGGCAGCUUGCAACUCUUACACCAACUUCGCAUCGGUCUUGACCACAACUCUUAAGACUACCGUCGGUAAACAUGAAAUCAUAGAGGCCACUGGCCUUACCCACCAGAUGGCAGCGACGCUGCGAAGUGUGGAGAGUGUCACUGAUGAAAUCGGCUCCACCCUCAUCAAAGAUCUCCUUCCCAGCUGCGGUGACAGCUUGAAGAAUACCAAGAAGUCUCUGGACAAGACCCUGCAAGAUGCUAUUGACGCUUACGACACCGUCCUUCCCUUAAUUUGA